GGCUUGAACUCCACACGCUUUUCAUUCUUGUGAAACUUAAUUACAUGAUUUAGUCUGCAGCCUUUAUGGGAAGGAAAGUCUUAUUUAAAUGUUUAGCUGUUUAAGAUGUUAAUUAUAUGUUUCUUAACCAAUAUCCACUUAUAGUUAUUUAAAGUCACACGUUCACAAAUGAUUAAUUUGCUAUAUAUACACUUUUUUUUUCAGGCUCAAAAGGCGUGGAUAGAGAGGAUCUUCCAGAAGCGAGAAUGCAGCACCAUUUUACCCACCAAGGAUCCCACCAGGUGUGCCUGCGGCCAGCUGGUGGCGGCGCACGUGUCCCCCGGGGCAGUGAACAGCAAGCCGGCCGAAGACAACCAGCUGGUGCACCUGGACGUCCCCCAGGAGAAGUGGUCCGUGGCCAAACACACCCGGACCUACCCCACCGACGCAUACGGCACCACAGAGUUCCAGGGCGGCGGCUUCGUCAACAAGGCCAUGUACAUCCGUGUGGCCUACGACACCAAGCCGGACAACCUGUUGCACCUGAUGGUGAAGGACUGGGCCCUGGAGCUGCCCACCCUCCUCAUCUCCGUGCACGGCGGCCUGCAGAACUUCGACCUGCAGCCCAAACUCAAGCAGGUGUUCGGUAAAGGCUUGAUCAAGGCGGCGGUCACCACCGGCGCCUGGAUCUUCACGGGUGGAGUCAACACCGGAGUGAUUCGCCACGUGGGAGACGCCUUGAAGGACCACUCCUCCAAGUCCCGGGGAAAGGUGUGUGCUAUAGGAAUCGCUCCCUGGGGCAUCCUGGAGAACAAAGAGGACCUCAUUGGAAAAGAUGUAACCAGACCGUACCAGACGAUGGCUAACCCACUGAGCAAGCUGGCGGUGCUGAACAACAGCCACUCCCACUUCAUCUUGACCGACAACGGCACCUGCGGGAAGUACGGGUCAGAGGUCAAGCUUCGGCGGCAGCUCGAGAAGCACAUCUCCCUGCAGAAGAUCAACACUCGCCUGGGCCAGGGCGUCCCCGUGGUGUGUCUGAUCGUGGAAGGAGGGCCCAACGUCAUCUCCAUCGCCCUGGAGAGCCUGAGAGACGACCCCCCCAUCCCCGUGGUGGUGUGCGACGGCAGUGGACGGGCUUCUGACAUCAUCUCCUUUGCGCACAAACACUCAGAGGAUGAAGGAAUGGUCAGCGAUGAUGUCAGAGACCAACUGCUGGUAACCAUCCAGAAAACCUUCAACUACAGCAAGAGUCAGUCCCAGCAGAUCCUGCUGAUGGUCAUGGAGUGUAUGAAGAAGAGGGAGCUGGUGAGUAAAGGGAUAAGUAAAGAAGCUAUCUAGUCAAGUACUUCAUCCGAUAUGUUCCUGUUA